AAAAAAUCGACCUCUUCUCGCAAGCACUUGCGCCAAUCACAGCUCACAAGUCGCAAGACAAAAGCCCCAAAUCAUCUCACUGUUGCCAUGGAACUCUCCCCAAUCUCAGCUUCUCUCUUGCUCAUCCUGAUCCUGCUCGCUUUUCUACCCCUCCUCUACUUCCUCUACAUGCACCAGGAUCCCAAGAAGAAGCCUCGCAUUCAUGGACUCAAGUCCUACCCUGUGGUCGGCACGCUGCCGCACAUCAUCAAGAACAAGCACCGGUUCCUUAAGUGGUCGACCAGCAUCAUGAAGUGCAGCCCCACGAACACCAUGUCGUACAAGGCGCUCGGCCUCACCGGUGGCGUCAUCACCGCCAACCCGGCCAACGUCGAGCACAUUCUCAAGACUAACUUUGACAACUACCCCAAGGGCAAGCUCACCGUGUCCAUGCUCGAGGACUUUCUUGGCCACGGCAUCUUCAAUUCCGACGGCGAGCAGUGGCUAUGGCAGCGGAAGGCCGCCAGCUACGAGUUCAACAAGCGCUCGCUGAGGAACUUCGUGGUCGACACCGUCCGGUUCGAGAUCGUCAAGAGGCUGCUUCCGUUGCUGGAGCAGGCGGGGCUCGAUGGACGGACUCUGGACUUGCAAGAUGUGCUCGAGCGAUUCGCGUUCGACAACAUCUGCCUCGUGGCCUUCGGUGAGGACCCGGCGUGCCUCACCAAGGAGAGGAUGGCCGCGCCCCAGAGCGCGGAGUUCAUGCGCGCGUUCAACGACGCGCAGAACGCCAUCUUGGCCCGGUUCAACUCGCCGGCCAAAUCGCUGUGGCGCGUCAAGAAGCUCUUCAACAUGGAGCCCGAGAGGCGGAUGCGAGAGGCGCUCGCCACGAUCCACGGCUUCGCUGAGCGGAUCGUCCGGGAGCGCAGGGAGAGAGGGGAGGCCGGGCUGGCUCGCGGUGACGACUUCCUGUCGCGGUUCGCUGCGAGCGGCGAGCACAGCGACGAGAGUCUCCGCGACGUGGUCACCAACUUCGUCCUCGCCGGCCGCGACACGACGUCGUCGGCGCUGACCUGGUUCUUCUGGAUUGUCUCCGGCCGGCCGGACGUCGAGGACAGGGUCGUGCGCGAGAUCCGCGCGGUGCGCGCGUCGAGCGGGAGCACGGACGCGACGUUCAGCUUCGACGAGCUGCGCGAGAAGCACUACCUCCAUGCCGCCAUCACCGAGUCCAUGAGGCUAUACCCACCCGUGGCCAUCGACACGCACAGCUGCAAGGAGGACGACUUCCUGCCGGACGGCACGUUCGUGGGGAAAGGGUGGCUAGUGAUGUACAGCGCGUAUGCCAUGGGGCGUAUGGAGGGCAUCUGGGGCGCGGACUGCGAGGAGUACAGGCCGGAACGGUGGCUGGACGAGGCGGGCGCGUUCCGGCCGGAGAGCACGUUCAAGUACCCGGUGUUCAACGCCGGGCCUCGGAUCUGCAUCGGCAAGGAGAUGGCCUACAUACAAAUGAAGUCAAUCGUCGCUUGUGUGCUCGAGAAGUUCAGUCUCCGGUACGCCAGCGACGCCAACGAGCGCCCUCGGUCCGUGCUCUCGCUGACGCUGCGUAUGAAGUGGGGCUUGCCGAUGAAAGUGACCAUCAGGAAGUAACCAACAAGAGUGCUCUCGCGCCUCGGUGGCCUCGCCUUCCCGGACACUCGAUCAAUGCGGGCAAGAAUUUGGGACGUGUGUCCAUCUCGGUAGGCCGAAUCGGUGAGCGGGCUUAUGAAAGAAUCCUUUUAAGUCCCUUAUGUUUGUUGCUAACUUGUUUUGGCGUUGAUAGAUUCUGGCACUGCUAAUCUUGGAUUGUAGCCCAAGAUGAGAUGCCUCCCAUACAUCACAGCUCUCACAUGGUACUAUUGGGAAAAAGU